AAAAAAGAAAUUUGCACACCUACCGCUUACCAAGGGUUCGCUGAAAUGGGCCCGCUGAUGGAGCAUAUGCUUUCGGCCCUUGCUAUAAAAAUUGGAAGUGGGUUGGAAAAGACUGCAAGAAAACUGUUUGAAAACGCCUGCAGUCGAACAACUGAUCAAAGAAUAGAGCGUCCUAGAAAAUCCAAAACACAACAUCAAAGAAUUGAAAGUGAUGAACAUCAAGUAGAAAUAAUUGAACUUAGUCAUGAUGAUGAAAUUGAAGUCGUGAUUUGUGCCAAAAAUGACAAACAUAAAUUACAUGCUUCGAAAGAAGACCUCAAAAAAACCUGCGAAAUAUGGAUAAGAAAGAUUAAUGAAUUCCGAAGGAUGGCAAAUAAAAUAAGGUGA